AUGGGUCAUAUUCUGACAUUAUUAAGGCAACAGUUUAAUGACAAUUACAAAAAGAUGUCGAAGGCCACAUUAUGGAAUAACAUAUUAUCAGAUGUACAUUGUGAUAAAACUGGUAGAAAGACGAUAGAUCUGACCCCAUUAACAACUUAUCGUAACAAGAUAUCAUCCGAAGUAGUCAGUGACAACAAUUUUGAUUCUCAAUUAGAAAAAUAUGGUUUAAUACCCGAAGAAGUCUACAAAAAUACAACUUUAAGCUCUGAUUCAUUUCAAACUCUUCAAUCCUUCAAAUUAUCACCAGAAAAUUCAUGUGACGAUGAUCAACAUACAUCUAUGGAUAGUGCAUUAUUGAAGCCAAACUCAGACUAUGCAAAGAAAUGUACUCCAAGAGAAUAUUUAAAACGUUUCAUAUUUCCUAUACUUUUGCCUGCCAUGGAAGCAAUGCUUGAACAAGCUAAACGAAGUCACUGUUUUGAGAAAAAACGUUUCGGAUUCAAUGGAUUGGAUUUUUUAACAUUUUAUUUAUAUAAAAAUAAUCUAUACAUGAAAGAAGAUUAUGAUCGUAAAAAUGUACAACACAUAUUAAAUAUACCAUGGGUUAUUGAAGAAUUGAAAAAACAUCCACGUAAACCAUUACCACUUAGUUUACAAUGGACAGAUGAAGAAGCAGCAAUUAAAUUACAAUCAUAUUGGAGAGGUUAUCUGGGCAUAAUAUGAUCUUCAUUUGCAAUCUUGUCUUCUUUAUUGUAUUAAACUAUAUCAAUCUCUAUAUAGUGGCUAUACCAGUUUCAUUUAUUUCAUUUACAACAGUUAGGAAGAUCUUGAAAGAAAAAGAGAUCAUAUCGUAUUUAAUUCAGUCUGUAAAAUGUGACAGUAUUACUUGUGAGACUAUCAUAUGAAGAAUUAUUAUUAUUAUCAUUAAUAUUACUAUUGUAUAAUUAGUAAACGCUUAGGCUGAUCUGUUUUUUUUUUAUAUCCGCCUAUUUCUAAACUUUCAUUUGACCUACAAAACGUUGUCACAUGUUUUAUCGUCCCAGAUUUAUUACUGAUUAAUUAUUCCAGCAUCACUCUGGUUUUGUAUCAUUUAUGACUGAGUUAUGUACAUAUCAUGAUUUCUUAAUUGUGUUGCUAUGUGGUCAGACAUUUUACGCAUAUUAUUGUAUGAGUUUUUGUGUUAUAAUUGAAUUAAGUACAAUAGAGAAUUGAUCUGCUUUUUA